AUAUGCCAUGUUUUCUGUCCACGCCUGACAUUCCUGUUCUUUCGGGGUGACAGUCAUGUUCAUUGGAGCAGUGGAAUGAAGAAGCAUAAUGCCUUGUCUGUAAUUUGUGAGAUCGAUAGUCAGUUGUAGCUAAAUUUCUUGAUGAUAUGCAAGAACCAAUAGCUUGACAGCGAAAACAAGCCAGCCUGGCAGGGAAUGUGAAUUAAAACACGUUGAUGCCGCUUGCAAGUUAGCUUGAUAGCAUACCGGCGUAAACAAUAGCUCAGCUGAUGUUAUCUAACAUUAGCUAGUCAUCUUAAUAGUUGUUUGCUGUCCAUUUAUUGCUAAUAGUUUGGCAGGGGACAGACAGAUCUUCACAUCUAUAUUCUUCAUUUGUAUAUAUCUACAUAUCUCACUGGUUUGGCCGAUGACAUCUGCAUUUUCCCAGAUUUAACGACAUAGCUUGCGAACUAGUCCGUUGUAGCUAUGAUGUCAGGUUCUGGGCCAGCAGCAGCUAACGCAGGUUCCGUGGUUUCGGACCCUCAGCAUUCACGGAAAUUGCUCCGUGCCCUUCGUUCUUUCUGGCAAGAGCAGUGUUUCCAAGAUGCGGUUCUUGUUGUCGAUGGUGAAGAGAUUCCUGUCCAGAAAAACGUACUGGCUGCGGCCAGCCCAUACAUCAGGACAAAACUCAACUACAACCCCCCGAAGGAAGAUGGCUCUGUCUACACUAUCGAACUGCAGGGAAUCUCUGUCCCCAUAAUGAAGCAGAUCGUGGACUAUAUCUUCAGUGGAGAGAUCACUCUGAGCGAGGACACCAUUCAGGAUGUGGUGCAGGCUGCCGACCUGCUCCUGAUGACGGACCUGAAGUCGCUGUGCUGCCAGUUCCUGGAGAGCUGCAUCACGGCGGAGAACUGCAUCGGGAUCCGCCUCUUCUCGCUGCACUACUGCCUGCACCACGUGCACCACGCCGCCACCGACUUCCUGCAGACGCACUUCCGCGACGUGGCCGCCACCGAGGAGUUCCUGGAGCUGCCCCCCGAGCGGCUGCGCGAGCUGCUGGCCAUGGAGAAGCUCAACGUGGGCAACGAGAAGCACGUGCUGGAGGCCGUGGUGCGCUGGCUCGCCCACGACCUGGAGGCGCGGAGGGUGCACAUGAAGGAAGUGAUGUCGUCGGUGUGGGUGCAGGGGCUGGACCCAGGGUACCUGCGGGAGCAGAUGCUGGGGGACCCCCUGAUGAGGGAGGUGAUCAGGGAGUGCUGCCACGCCCCACUGGGCGGGGCCCAGCAGCAAGGCGAGGCCCUGCUAGCUUCCUUCAAACCCCGUGGCUACUCCGAGUGCAUCGUCACCGUCGGGGGAGAGGACAGGGCCACCCGGAAGCCCUCGGCAGUGACACGCUGCAUGUGUCCGCUCUACGACCCAAACCGGCAGCUGUGGAUCGAGCUGGAGCCCAUGAGUGUGGGCCGGACCGGGCAUGGGGUGGUGGCGGCGGAGGGUUUCCUCUUUGUUGUGGGCGGAAUGGAUGAGAACAAGACUAUCCUGAGUAGCGGGGAGAGAUACGACCCUGACACUAACACCUGGAGCCCUAUCCCCCCUAUGAGCCAGGCACGGCAGAACUUUGGUAUUACAGAACUGGAUGGCCUAAUCUAUGUGCUGGGUGGAGAGGAUGGAGAGACAGAGCUACUCACCAUGGAAGUGUAUGACCCUCACACCAAGACCUGGACCACCCAGGGCAGCAUGACCAUGGUCCGCAAGAUUGGCUGCUAUGCCACCAUGAACAAGAAGAUCUACGCCAUGGGCGGGGGCUCCUACGGGAAGUUGUAUGACUCAGUGGAGUGUUAUGACCCCAAGACCCAGCAGUGGACAGCACUCUGCCCACUGAAGGAGAGGAGGUUUGGGGCAGUGGCGUGCGGGGUGGGCCAGGAGCUGUACGUGUUCGGGGGCGUGAGGAGCCGAGACUCGGACAACCCAGAGUCCAGCCAGAUGACCACAUGCAAGUCGGAGUUCUACCAUGACGAGCUGAAAAGGUGGAUGCUCCUGGAUGACCAGAACCUCUGUGUUCCAACGAGUUCCUCCUUCGUUUAUGGAGCCGUUCCCAUCGGAGCCAGUAUCUACGUGGUGGGAGAUCUGGACACCGGUACCAGCUAUGAUUAUGUGCGAGAGUUCCGGCGCAGCUCGGGAACCUGGCACCGCACCAAGCCUAUGCUGCCCUCUGACCUCUGCAGGACUGGCUGCGCAGCGCUGCGCAUCGCCAACUGCAAGCUGUUCCGGCUGCAGCUGCAACAGGGCCUGUUUCGAAUCCGUGUCCCAUCCACGUAAGGAACCCACCCUGUUCCAAUCCAGCAUCCUCCCCAUCUCUAGUGACCCCCCCCCAAUCCCCCACAACCCCCA